GCCUCGCUUUGCGUGAGAGAGCGACGCUAGAACGUGACGCAACCUGUGUACACUCUCUGUGCGUGAAAGAGCGACGCUAGGACGUGACGCAACCCGUGUACGGUCGCUGUGCGUGAGAGAGUGUGGGUUGCGGGAGAAUUCUGUUUGCGCAUCUGCACACGCUGUGUAUCACGUGAAGAUGAAGUCGGCCAGGUCGAUGUACGGUGUGAUGCAGCCGAACUAUGAGGAUGACAAUAAUGUCUAUGAGAUUGUCAGGGUCAUAAGGAGAAAGAAGAUGUUUCCCGGCCCCACUCCUCUCAACUGUGCGGCUCCGGACGGACCGCCGCCCAUCGUAGGCACGGACACUAGCUCGGGUGACCCGCGCUGCCGUGUGUUCAUCGGAAAUCUCAACACGUUUAAGGUGACGAGGAUGGAGCUGGAGCAGAUAUUCCAAAGACACGGCCCGAUCCGCGCCAUCUCGAUGCACAAGGGCUACGGCUUUGUGCAGUUCUUCGUCGAGGAGCACGCCCGGCGCGCGGCGAUGCAUGAACAUUCCAGAUACGUGGGAGGACAGUGCCUUGACUGCAACUUGGCCUGUGAACCGAAACCCGGACAGCGUAACAAAAACAAACCAGAUGCCAAUUCAGCAGGUGAACAGAAGCAGGGUCCGAAGAAGCGUCAGCAGCACGAGGAAGGAGAACCUGUAGUGAAGAAGCUCAAGCCUGAGAAUGGCAUGGCAGAAUCACACGUGGAUGUGAACCAGGAAGACCUUAAUACGUACCGCAACCCAGACAUUAUUGUGUGUGGUAACUGUAAGGAACAACUACCGGAUAUCUUCAGCCUAACAGAGCACAAGCGCACGCGUUGCAAGCUCAGAUUCACCUGCAAGUGUCAAGCACUGCAAGCAAAAUCAGCACACGAAGCUCCAACCCUGCUAUGUGCAACCUGUGGCCGCACCUUCGACAACAGCUGGGAUCUGGUGACUCAUGUGCAAGAGGAGCAUCAGAUGCCAAUAUACGAAGUCCCUCACGAUCACGACUGAUUCCUAUGUGCACGUGCAAAGCGGUGGUGUGUCAGUAUAGUUGAUGUUAGGUUUCAUGCACUCGAGAGUAGAAUAUGUGUAAUAAGAAAGAACUGGAGACUGGGAAAGACUUCGCAUGGAGGAUGGCGAGGAACAAACAUUGCGAUAGAAUGCUUUCACGCACCACAGUUUAUCUUGCGUGUCAUGUUUUUAAACAAGCACAAGGGAGACAUAUUUCUGUUUUAAAGCAGUUAUUACGUGUGAAGUGAAGACUCGUAUUUCUCAUUUCUUGUAUUCAUGUUAACAUAGGGAGAUAUGUCUUUCUUUUUGGGGUGAGGGUUCGUACUUAUAUUCUUCCAAUACAGGUGUGACUGUUACAACCCUGUUCGUGUAGCCAUUUAUUUUUCGUGUGACGAUCUGUAUAAAAUGGUGGCUAUACAUUCAUGCGUAAAUUGCAACACUCAUUAAUUUCUGGACAGACAUAAAGGUACGUGUGUAACAUUACUUCAGCCGUUAUUUCACCGACUAUAUAUAUUAAUAAGUUCGUACAUAAAAGAAAAAAAUUCACGUCGAAGCAUGAAUGCUCUUAAUAUGUACUUCUGUCCUGUGUCAGCUAGUACUAAAAUAGAUAUGUACUAUUGCGCUAUUAGCUAAACAAAGUGAUCAUUAAAGUGGCCAGUGGGCUCGAGAAAAAUAUAUUGUUCAAAAGUAAGGUCACAGUUAUCCGUCCUUUCAGUAGUACGUGCAGCGUGAGCUGUUUGUACAGUGCUUACAAGAUUAUAAAGGAUAAAGUCACUUUCCAAACCAUGUAACCAUUGAAGGGCUGGGUAUGUACAAGUUAUCAAGAGCAUGUAUAUACCCUUCUUUAUAUGCUCUUGAAGUUAUUGUAAUUAGAGUUUCUAGCAUUUAAAUAAGUUCUCUUGUGCAAAAAAGUACUUAUUAGCAUGGACAGGACCAUAUACCCUGAUAUGUGAUUAAUGCUUCACACCGCUAGCAUUCUCCUUUCACUUUCAUAUUCUUGUCAGAAGUGAAAGUGUGAUAAUCACUUGGAAUUAUUUUAAGCAUGGGACUACUCAUACUAAUCUAAAAGCUCUUUGGACAAAGUUAGGUUAGAGAACAGUUUGUUUGAAGUUCCUGUUAUAAACGAGUGAAUCUUUGGUUUUAUCAUCUAGUCGUUUGCUACUAUACUUACGGCUGCAUGGAAUUGCGUUAUUCGUAUCAUAGUGUUCAGCUACAUUGGAACUCAUUUAAUCUGUUCACAAUUGUAUUUCAGUUUUUCCAAUUCAAGAAGUCGAAAAGUACAUAUUUGACUAAAUUUCAUUAUUUUAUAUUACAAACAAAGUGUUUAUUUAGGGAGGUCAUAUUCAUUAUAAUUGUGUGUACCUCUACUCUAGAAAAUGGUUUAAAACUGCUACCAGUAUAUGAACAUAGUAUUAGUGGUCAGAUGUGCUCGAAAAGACAGUGCGACCAUUGUUAGGCAAUGUUUGCAAAAUGUCCGAGUUUCAGAUAUAAGGAAUGGGUAUCAGACAAAUUGUAAUGUUAUAUUUUCUCAAUGAGGGAAGAUUUUAUUUUUCGCUAAGUAAAUAAACGACGAACAUUACCACGUUAUCAACUACACUGGAAAUGGAAGGAAAGCUAUAUUUUAAUGAUUCCUUGAAAAUAAUCUUUGUGCAGAGUUCAAAAGUAUGUUGAAAAUAGCGGAAACCCCCCCACAGAGAAAAGGUUGACCGUGGAAAGUUGAUAGUUCGGCAUAUUGAAUAGAUACUACAGGCACAGUAUCUCUCCUCACGACUUGCAGUCUCACUCUCCCCCUCCCUCUAUCAGUGAGGUGCAUAAUGAGUCGGGCUCUAACCUUUGAGCUGGUUCCCCAAUGAACAGGGUUCAACUUGUUUGUUUACGGCAUCGAGGUAAAGCAAAUCAGAUUCACGAACACUUUUCACGAUUUGUGAUGUUUUAUGCUAGUGCGCACAAAUGCCAAAUAGGGUGGUAAACUAAAUAUUUCUUUCCUUGAAAUUCCGUCCUGUUUACACCACACCAUCAGGUAAGGUCGUCACACUGCCAGUGUUAUCUGAACCAGUGGCUAACAUACGGAUGCUCGACUUGAACUAGUCCCAGCUCUAUAUAGUAUUCAGGGGGCGUAGCUAACCCAUUUUUCCAUUGGGAGGGUGGGGGGAGGGGCAAAGCCACGUGCGGGUUGUUCUGGGAGCGUAACCGUGGGCAAUUGACCAUAUAACAGUAUCUACAUUUCUCUAACAGAACGGCCCACGUGCCCCCCCCCCCCCCGCUAGCUACUGCACUGACAUGUGCCUAGCUCUAUCGCAACACCGGUGACUAAGUUUAGUGUGGAAAAUGUGGAAAAUUCAGUUGUUUAUAGAAAGCAGCGCACGCCAUUUUAAGGAAAGCAAGAUUUAGUUUUAUUACUCUACUUAUCUCUUAAAUUGAACGUAAACGUUACCAAAUUACGUCAAUUUGAUGUGGCAAUAAAAACACGUCAAAAUACGUCUGCCAGCGCAAUCUUCCUGAGUUUCAACAGUCUACAAAUCAUAGCAACGAACUUCUUGUAGCGCGUAUUCAACCGCCGUUUUUUAUCGCCACACCUGAGCAGUGUGCACUAAUUAGCCACGGUCAUGUCACUUCAGCUGUGUUUGAGACGUCAAUCCAACAAGGUGGAGUAAAGGUGUAGGGCGAAAACACAUACUGCAUUUAUAUGCGUAAAUUAGCGUAUGCGCAAAUAUUGUGGCCUGUAGGCAGAUCUGACCAAUGGCAAUGAGAUCUUGUGUGUAUGGUGGUAUACUGUCACAGCUUUUCAUUAUAUUGCAGACGUUCGACGGUCAACGUACCUAUGUAUUUGUAUCAUCGUAAACUAUGUGGUGUAACUCAACGUAUUCUGUGAUUGAAAUGUAUAACAGUAACAUUACCUGGGUGAUGGUGAAUACACCAAUUCUCAUCGCACAUCGAUUGUGUAUCUGUUGUAGUUAGCCACAUAUUAUCGUACCUACACAAUACAAAUUUAUAUGUAAAGUGCACUGUAAAAGAAAAUGUAGUGGGGUAACCAUCCUGCCAAUUUUUCGAACAAUGACAAACUGGCGUCAAAUGCUAAACAUUCGUAAACACUCGAAUGCCACGUUUGAACACAGCUCUAAUAUCUGUUAAAUAAAGUAUUUAGUUUAUAA